AGGGAGCCGGGCUCCUGACAGCUCUCAGCAUCUUGCCUGCCGCUCCUGCACCAUGAAAAUCCUGCUUUGUGACCUCCUGCUGCUCAGCCUCUUCUCCAGCGUGUCCAGCAGCUGUCAGAAGGACUGUCUGACCUGCAGAGAGAAGCUCCGCCCAGCUCUUGACAGCUUCAACCUUGAGGUGUGCAUUCUCGAGUGUGAAGGAAAGGUCUUGUCCACCCCUCUCUGGACUCCAUGCACCAAGGUCAUGGCCAGGGGCUCCUGGCAGCUCAGCCCUACUGACCCAGAGCACUUGGCAGCUGCUCUUUACCAGCCAAGAGCCUCCGAGAUGCACCUGAAGCGAAUGCCCCGUGUCAGGAGCCUAUUCCAAGCGCAGAAAGAGACAGAGGCCCGUGUAGAGGAGGCUGGAGAGAAGGAGGAAAAGCAGCUGCAGAAGAGGUUUGGGGGCUUCACUGGGGCCCGGAAGUCGGCCCGGAAGUUGGCCAACCAGAAGCGGUUCAGUGAGUUUAUGAGGCAGUACCUGGUCCUGAGCAUGCAGUCCAGCCAGCGCCGGCGCACCCUGAACCGGAAUGGUAAUGUGUAG